AUAAGAUGCGACCUCAAGGAAAUUAAGUGGUUUAUACAAGUUCGUGCCAAAGAUAUUGGAUGCUGAAAACUUUAAAAGCUCUCCUUGAGUUCAUCCCGCACAAAGCAAAGUUGGGUCCACUUUUCGUGGUUGAGCGUUGAUCACUGUAAUACCAGUAGUUAAAAUAUAUCGAUGACGUCCGGGGUAAAAGAUGAAAAAGGAUAUUCACCUACUGAUAGAUAUAAUUUGGUGUAUAUAAUAUUCUUUAUGUGUGGUUUGGGAGGGCUCUUACCAUGGAACUUCUUCAUUAAUGCACAACGGUAUUUUGAUUACAAAAUGAGAGACAAGACCCUCCCUCCAGACGCUGAUUACACAGACCCCAAAUAUAUGACACGUUCUCAAGUUCUGUUCGGCAGCUAUUUGGCAGUUUGCUCUUUGGUCCCUUUAUCCAUCAUGAUGGUUGCCAAUUUACUGCUGAUGAAAUGGUUCUCCCCGUUUUCCCGAUUUGCUGUUGGUAGCGUAUUGGUGUUCAUCGUGUUUCUCAUCACGGUUAUCAUUGUUUAUAUCGAUCUCAGCGCUUAUGCGUUUUUGUCCAUAACACUUAUUUCGGUUGUGUUCCUUAACUGUGGUAGUGCUCUUGCUCAAGGUAGCGUAUUUGGUGUAGCAGCCAUACUUCCUUCCAAACAUAUGAAGGCUGCUUUAGAAGGACAGGCUGUAUCUGGUAUUCUUGCAUCUCUGGCUAAUAUUGUAUCUAUUGCGGCUUCUUCCUCAGCGACCACUAAUGGGUUAGUUUACUUUUUGGUCGCUCUAGUUUUCGUCACUGCUACAGCUGCUUUGUUCUUGGUUCUUCCUAAAAACGGCUAUUUUAAAUAUUACUGGGACAAAAAAGACUCACCAGAUAAAAAUAAUAUUGAAUCUGAUCCAUCAUUAAAAGGAGUGGCUAAUGACUGUAAUGAAUCUCAAGAACUGGUUAUUAGCAUAAAUAAGAGUGGAAUUUUAUCAACAAUGAAAGAGACAUUUCUUCCUGGAAUUUGUGUUUUAAUCACAUUGAUGAUUACUCUCUCACUAUUCCCAGCAGUUGUAGCACGUAUCAGACCUAUCACAGUUAUCCCUCAAGAUCUUUGGACAAAAGUUUAUUUUGUGCCAGUACUUGUGUAUCUUUUGUACAAUGUUGGUGAUUGGUGUGGAAGGAUGCUAGCCGGCUUUAUAAAAUGGCCUAGAAGAAAUCAAAUGCUAAUAGUCUUGUUAUUAUGUGUUCUACGUGCUGCUAUCAUCCCAUUAUGUAUGCUGUGUAAUGCACAACCUAGAAAUUAUUUACCAGUCAUAUUUAAACAUGAUAUUUUCCCAGCAUUCAUGAUUCUAUUUUUGGGACUAACUAAUGGUUACUUAGUAUCGAUAUCAAUGAUACAUGGACCAAGUUUCGCAUCACCUGGUAACCAAGAAUCCGCUGGUGCAGCAUUAAGUAUAUACUUAUCUUUUGGAUUAUCACUUGGUGUUGCCAUAUCAGUUGGUUUAGUACAAGGUUUAUGAUUGUACGCGCGUUUGUCAGUGACUUGAUUUUAUCCAUGCAUCCGUCACAAAACAGUUAAAAAACAAACAACUGACCUUUUUUGGUCACAUAUUACAUAUAUUUUCAUUAUUAAUUGCUUUGCAAAAAAACAAAAAUAAAGAAUUAGUGUCUGAAUUUACUACUUCUAUGAAUGUACAGAUGACAACAUUGAACAAGUACUAUUCUCCACGAUUGUUGAAGAUGCUGGCUAACUGGUACUACAUACAUUAGAUUAUCUAGUAGAGAAGACUAUUGUUCAGCUUGUACCAUAUAUUCUUGUUGUUUGGUUAGACCCAGUUUCAUACAGAGAAUCAAGUGCUCACUGAUAUAGACCAGUUUAUUUACACGGUAGAUAGCAUUGGGUCUAAUAAACUGACAGGUGACGAAAGUUCGAGAGUUAUUCGAAAAAAUGUAGCCUAUGCGAUCUACGGGAUCGAAAUGAAGAACGAAGACGAAGUAUAAAGUUGGACAAACUGGGCUUUAGUGCCGCUGUUGCUGAAUUUAAAUAGUAUAGAUGUAGUGCUCAAACGAAAACUUAUACAACUUCCUUUUUUAUCAUAGUCUCAGGUUCUAGUUUUCCAAUGUUAUUAACCUCUCUAUUGAUAUCUUAAACUAAUAACUGAUUAAUUUUGUUUCCAUACCCUUUCUGAUAAUAUUUCAUUUUAACUUGUUACCCAAACAGCUUUUCAUAAUAAUCAUUAUUUGUUUAACGUCUAAGAUAUUUUCUAAUGAAUAUUUUAAUGUCUUACUAAUCAUAUUUACGGUUUUUUUUGAUAAACAUAUCACUGAUCAUUAAAGUAAAAAUAAAUUAUGUUUUACGAGUACACAGCUAUGAAAAUAGAUUCAUCGAAAAGAGUACUCUUAACUGAACUAAUCUUUUUUUGUUUUCACCGCAAUACAAU